GGGCGCGCCAGUCACGGCCACCUCGGAGCCGGUGAACCGAGCGGUCUCGAGGGAAGGGCGAGGCAGGGAGACGAAGGAAGGAGGUCCGCGGGGAGCGGCCGCCCAGCCCCCCGCGGCGGAGCAAAAUGGUGUUCGAGUCGGUGGUCGUGGACGUGUUGAACCGGUUCUUGGGGGACUAUGUGGUGAACCUGGACAAGUCCCAGCUCUCUCUGGGCAUCUGGGGAGGAGCUGUAGUCCUCAAGCAUCUUGAAAUUAAAGAAAAUGCCCUGAGUCAACUGGAUGUACCCUUUAAAAUUAAAGUUGGUCAUAUAGGUAAUCUUAAUCUUAAAAUUCCAUGGAAAAACCUUUAUACUCAACCAGUUGAAGCUGUAUUGGAAGAUAUUUAUUUACUUAUAGUGCCUUCUUCUGUAAUAAAAUAUGAUGCUUCAAAAGAAGAAAAACAUCUCUUGGAAACAAAGCAACAGGAACUAAAAAGAAUAGAAGAAGCUAAACGAAAAGUAGCUAAUCAAGAUAAACAUCAGGAGGAGAAACCGGACACUUUUACAGAAAAAUUAGUUACUCAAAUUAUAAAAAAUCUUCAAGUGAAAAUUUCCAACAUCCACAUUCGUUAUGAGGAUGAUAUAACAAAUCGAGACAACCCGUUGUCAUUUGGUAUCUCCCUUCAAAAUCUCAGCUUGCAGACAACUGACGCAUAUUGGGUUCCAUCUUUUCAUGAUGACACUGAGAAAUUAUUUCAUAAGUUAAUUCGAUUGGAUAACCUUUUUGCCUAUUGGAAUGUGAAAUCGCAGAUGUUCUAUCUUGAUGAUUAUGAAGAGUCACUGGACAGCUUGAAGAAUGGUAUUGUCUAUAAAGGCAUUGUUCCAGAAGGGUAUGAUUUUGUAUUUCAUCCCAUAUCUGCUAAUGCCAAACUUCAGAUGAAUCGCGGAUCAGAUUUUGACUUUUCUGCCCCCAAGAUAAACCUGGAAGUUGAAUUACAUGACAUAUCAAUUCAAUUUAAUAAACUACAGUAUUUCAGUGUUAUGGAGCUUCUUGAAUCAGUUGAGAUGAUGACACAGAAUUUGCCAUAUAGAAAAUAUAGACCUGAUGUACCUCUUCACUACCAUGCCAGAGAAUGGUGGGCUUAUGCUAUAUCUGGUAUCCUUGAAGUAAUUGUUGUCCCCCGCUUACGAAUGUGGUCAUGGGAGCAUAUUAAUGCACAUAGGCAAAAAAUGAAGCAAUAUAAAGAACUGUACAAACAAAAACUAACAACUAAGAAGCCAUCUGUUGAACUGCUCCAUACUUCUGAGGAGUUGGAAAAAUCCCUGGAUGUAUUUAAUAUAACUAUAGCAAGACAACAAGCAGAAGUUGAGGUAAAGAAAGCUGGACACAAGAUUUACAAAGAAGGAACAGAAGAGGCAGAGGAUGAUAAAGGAUGGUUUCACUGGCUGUGGAAUUGGUCAGAACCAAAAAGUAAAGGACUACCUGUUACUGAAUCUGGAACUUCACUUGAAGACAUUUUGACAUCUGAAGAAAAGAGUUUACUCUAUGAAGCAAUUGGCUAUAGUGAAACUGCAGUGGAUCCAACCUUGCCAAAAACAUUUGAAGCUAUGAAGUUUUUUGUGCACUUGAAAAGUAUGUCUAUUGUUCUAAGAGAAGAAAAACGUGAGCUGUUAGAUAUUGUAGUAGAAGAAUUUAGCACUUGGAUUGUACAAAGACCAGGAGCACAAGCAAUUAAAUUUGAAACUAAAAUAGAUUCAUUUUAUGUUACCGGCUUACCAGAUAAUUCAAAAAAACCUCGCCUCCUGUCUUCACUAGAUGAUUCUACAUCGCUCUUCCAAAUUAUAUUUGAAAUAAAUCCAUUAAAUGAAAUUAUUUCUCAAAGGUGUAUCAUAGAAGCUGAGCCUUUAGAAAUGAUAUAUGAUGCAAAAACAGUGAAUGGUAUAGUGGAAUUCUUCAGACCUCCGAAAGACGUACAUCUAAUACAGCUCACCUCAGCAACGUUGACAAAACUUGAAGAAUUUCGUGAUAAAACAGCAACAGGUCUACUGUAUAUUAUUGAAACACAAAAGGUUCUUGAUCUCAAGAUUAAUUUGAAGGCUUCAUAUGUUAUUAUCCCACAAAAUGGAAUUUUUACCCCUACAUCAAAUCUCCUUCUUUUGGAUCUUGGUCAUCUAAAGGUGGCAAGUAAAAGUCGUUCAGAAUUACCCGAUGUGAAACAUGGUGCGAAACUUGAAGAGAUAAUGCAUAUAGCGUAUGAUUCCUUUGAUGUUCAGCUUACAAGCAUACAGCUGCUUUAUAGCAGAGUUGGUGAUAAUUGGAAAGAAGCAAGAAAACUUAAUGUAUCUCCACAGCACAUUUUGGUGCCUAUGCACUUCAAUGUGGAACUCUCUAAGGCUUUGGUUUUCACGGAUAUAAGGAUGCCCAAAUUCAGAAUUUCUGGAACAUUACCACUGGUUUCUUUACGAAUCUCAGAUAACAAACUGCGAGGCAUUUUGGAUUUGGUUGACAGUAUUCCAAAACCCACACCUGCAACUGAAGCACAUGCCCCUGUCAAACCUUUUCAGAAUCAAAGAUCUGCUGCUUUGGGAGCAUCACAGAUUCCACAGAAAAGACUUCCUCUCUUGGAACUUCCAUGUGUUGAAGAUGAUUCAGAGGAAGAAUUUUUUGAUGCACCAUGUAGUCCUUUGGAAGAGCCUGCUCAGUUGCCAACUAGAAGUAGAAGUAACCAACAGAGAAAAGCUCUAAAGGAGGACUGUCUAAAAAAUAUGACUCAGUGUAAAAUAAGAUUUGAAGUGCCAGAGGUUUUGAUUCAGUUUUAUCACUGUGUUGGAGAUUGUGAACUACCUGUGGUAGAAAUUAAAGUCUUAAAAUUGGGUACAGAAAUUGAGUUUAGAACGUUGGAUUUGAAAGCAAAUGCCUUUGUGAAAGAGUUCUACUUAAAAUGCCCAGAAUAUUGGGAUGUAAAGGAGAAACCAGUUUAUUUGAUUACAACACUGGAUAACACAAUGGAAGAUCUUUUAACAAUGGAAUAUGUGCGGGCUGAAAAAAAUGUAUCUGGUUUGAAAGGUACCUAUAACAAUGUUUUGCAGCUGAUUAAGGUGAAUUUUUCCUCUUUGGAUAUUCAUUUACACACUGAAGCACUUCUGAACACAAUGAAUUAUUUUAAUAAUCUCCUUCCACAAUUGGAGGAAACACCAGCCUCCAUUUAUGUCAUGGACACUGAAGACAAAGGAGAUAAUAAAAAAAUACCUUUAAAACUACCCAAGAAUGAAGAUAUUAUUACCUUGCAAAUUUUAGCAGAAUUAUCAUGUUUACAGAUCUUUAUUAAAGAUCAGAAACGUAACAUUUCUGAAAUUAAGAUUGAAGGGCUUGAUUCUGAAGUGAUUAUGAAGCCUUCAGUAACUGAAAUAAAUGCUAAGCUAAGAAAUAUAAUUAUUUUGGAUUCUGAUAUAGCAGCCGUGUACAAAAAGGCUCUUUAUAUCACUGGAAAAGAAGUUUUCAGCUUCAAAAUGAUCUCUUAUGUGGAUGCAACUGCUGGUGCUGCAUACACAGAUAUGAACAUUGUUGACAUUCAAGUUAAUUUAACUGUUGGUUGCAUUGAAGUAGUUUUUGUCACAAAAUUUCUAUAUUCUAUACUGGCUUUUAUAGAUAAUUUUCAAGCAGUUAAACAAGCUUUGGCUGAGGCAACUGUUCAGGCAGCAGGGAUGGCUGCUACUGGUGUAAAAGAACUGGCUCAAAGGAGUUCUAGAAUGGCAUUGGAUGUUAACAUCAAAGCUCCGGUUGUGGUCAUUCCACAAUCUCCAGUUUCAGAAAAUGUGUUUGUUGCUGAUUUUGGACUAAUUACAAUGAUGAAUACGUUCCAUAUGAUAACUGAUAGCCAGAGCAACCCUCCACCCAUUAUUGAUUUGAUAACAAUUAAGCUGAGUGAAAUGCGACUCUACAGGACUCAGUUUACCAAUGGUAAAUACCAGGAUGUCUUGGAUCUGAUGCUACCACUAAACCUUGAGGUCAUUGUUGAACGAAAUUUAUCCUGGGAUUGGUAUCAGGAAGUUCCAUGUUUUAAUGUAAAUGCUCAACUAAAGCCCAUGGAGUUCAUUCUUAGUCAAGAAGAUAUAACAACUAUUUUUAAAACAUUAAAUGGCAAUAUAUGGUAUGAAGAAGGUCAUAGUGCCUUACCUGCAGGACUAAAGGAUGAAAGUAGUGUUACCAGUGGAGCUACUAAUGCUUCAUACCAUACAGGAGGAACAACUGUUACCACAGCUGCUGUGGUAGAAGUACAUUCACAGUCCUCUCAAGUUAAGACAACACUAAAUAUAAGCUUCAGAACUGAUUAUCUCACCAUGGUACUGUACAGUCCAAAUCCUGACCAGACUUCCUUUAUAGAUGUUCGUGAUCCUUCUCUGAAACUUGCUGAGUUUAAAUUGGAAAAUAUUAUAAGUAAUUUAAAAAUGUGUACAGAUGAUUCAAUAUUGUCUUCCUUCUUACUAAAAAACUGUAUUUUAGAUGAUAAAAGACCUCAUGUCAAAAAGGCAACGCCUAGAAUGAUAGGACUUACAGUUGGGUUUGACAAAAAGGACAUGAUGGAUGUAAGAUACAGGAAAGUCAAAGAUGUUUGUGUGACUGAUUUAGUCCUCCAAGAAACGUAUAUUUGUGCAAGUGUGGAAUUUCUGCUGACGGUUGCAAAUGUCUUCCUUGAGGCCUAUACCACAGGCACUGCCGUAGAAACCAGUGUUCAAGCAUGGACUACUAAGGAAGAAGUGCCUACACAGGAGUUAGAGAAGUGGGAAAUUAAUAUUAUUAUUAAAAAUCCUGAAAUUGUGUUUGUGGCUGAUAUGACAAGAAAUGAUGCUCCUGCUUUAGUCAUUACCACACAAUGUGAAAUUUGUUGGAAAGGUGACAGUGAAAACAAUACAAUGACAGCUGCCAUUAAAGAUCUCCAAAUGAGAGCAUGCCCAUUUCUUCCAGUCAAAAGAAAAGGCAAAAUCACUACUGUUUUACAGCCCUGUGACUUGUUUUAUCAAGCUACUCAGAUUGGUACAGAGCCACAAGUGAUUGACAUAUCAGUAAAAUCUCUGACACUAAAGGUUUCACCAGUUAUUAUAAAUACCGUGAUUACCAUAACUUCAGCACUUUAUACAUCUCAGGAAACCAUCCCAAAAGGAACUGCUUCUUCUACAGCUCAGUUAUGGGAAAAGAAGGAUAACAAGAAUUUAAAAAUGUGGUUUCUUGAAGAGCCAAAUGAAGUUGAAAACAUAGCCCAAACAAUUGAAUUGGUGCCCAAAGGAGAGAUAAUAAGAAUGAACAUUGAUUCUAUUUUUAUAGUUCUUGAAGCUGGAGUUGGUCACAGAACAGUGCCUAUGCUUUUGGCAAAGUCAUGUUUUUCAGGGGAGGGCAAAAACUGGAGUACCCUAAUAAAUCUCCACUGUCAGCUUGAGCUAGAAGUGCAUUAUUACAACGAAAUGUUUGGUGUAUGGGAGCCUUUGCUUGAACCCUUAGAAAUUGACCAGUCUGAGGAUUUUAGGCCAUGGAAUCUUGGAAUCAAGAUGAAAAAGAAAGCAAAAAAGGCCAUUGUUGAGUCAGAUGCUGAAGAAGAAAAUUAUAAAGUGCCAGAAUAUAAAACUGUCAUCACUUUCUAUUCAAAAGACCAACUAAACAUUACAUUGUCCAAAUGUGGCCUUGUAAUGCUAAAUAAUUUAGCCAAGGCUUUUACAGAAGCUGCCACUGGAUCUUCAGCUCCUUUCUUGAGGGACCUAGCGCCAUUUAUGAUUUUAAAUUCUCUUGGACUCACUAUCUCUGUUUCACCAAGUGAUUCUUUUAGCGUACUCAAUGUUUCAGUGGCAAAAGCAUAUAUAUUGAAUAAUGAGGAAAGCUUAAAUAUGGAUUAUGUCCGAACUAAAGACAAUGAUCAUUUUAAUGCAAUGACAAGCCUUAGCAGCAAACUCUUCUUCAUUCUUCUUACACCUGCUAACCACUCUACUGCUGAUAAAAUACCUUUAACAAAAGUGGGACGACGACUUUACACUGUGAGACACAGAGAGUCUGGAGUUGAAAGAUCUAUUGUUUGUCAAAUUGAUGCAGUGGAAGGAAGUAAGAAGAUAACAAUUCGCUCCCCAGUGCAGAUUAGAAAUCACUUUUCAGUCCCACUCUCUGUUUAUGAAGGGGACACUUUAUUGGGAACAGCUUCACCUGGAAGUGAAUUCAACAUACCAUUAACAUCUUACCGGUCACUUCUUUCUAUGAAGCCAGAAGGCGAGGACUAUUACAAGUGUGAAGGAAUUGACUUUGAAGAUAUUAUAAAAAAUGAUGGCACUUUUAUAAAGAAAAAAUGUAGACCCAUAAACCCCUCUGAGAAAUCAUUUGUUAUUAAUGUUGUCCCAGAAAAAGAUGAUUUGACUUCUAUGUCAACAUAUUCAGAAGAUGGUUGGGACUUACCAUACAUAAUGCAUUUGUGGCCACCUAUCCUACUCCGAAAUCUUCUUCCUUACAAAAUUGCUUACUUUAUAGAGGGAAUUGAGCAUAAUGUUCAUACUCUAGGUGAAGGACAUUCAGCCCACAUUUGUGCUGUGCAGUUGGAUAAAGCCAAACUACAUUUAAAAUUACUUGACUAUCUUAAUCAUGAUUGGAAAAGUGAAUAUCAUAUAAAGCCUAAUCAACAAGACAUCAGUUUCAUCAGUUUUACCUGUGUUACAGAAAUAGAAAAGACUGAGUUAGAUAUUGCUAUCCAUGUGACUUAUAAUAUUGGGCAGACAAUUGUGGCAUUUCAUAGUCCUUACUGGAUGGUCAAUAAAACUGAUCGAAUGUUACAAUACAAAGCAGAUGGAAUUCAUCGAAAGCAUCCACCUAAUUAUAAAAAGCCAGUUCUUUUUUCUUUUCAGCCUAAGCACUUUUUUAAUAACAAUAAGGUUCAGCUUAUGGUAACUGAUAGUGAACUGUCAGAUCAGUUUUCAAUUGAUACUGUUGGCAGUCAUGGAGCUGUUAAAUGUAAAGGCUCGAAAAUGGAGUAUCAAGUUGGUGUCACUAUAGACCUCAGCAGUUUUAACAUUACUAGAAUUGUGACAUUUACCCCUUUUUAUUUGAUUGAAAACAAAAGUAAAUAUCAUAUAUCAGUGACAGAAGAGGGAAGUAAUAAAUGGCUGUCUCUUGAUUUGGAUCAGUGUAUCCCCUUUUGGCCAAUGGAUGCUUCUAAUAAACUUCUUAUUCAAGUUGAAAGAAGUGAAGACCCCCCCAAAAAGAUAUAUUUUAAUAAGCAAGAAAAUUGUAUUUUAUUGCGUCUGAAUGAUGAGCUUGGAGGUAUUAUAGCAGAAGUUAAUUUGGCUGAGCAUUCAACAGUGAUUAAAUUUUCAGAUUAUCAUGAUGGAGCUGCUACAUUCCUGUUAAUAAAUCACACCAAGAAUGAGGUUAUUCAAUACAAGCAAAGAUCUCUCAAGGAUAUAGAAGAUUCCCUCCCUCCUGGAAAAGCAGUAUUUUAUACAUGGGCUGAUCCAGUGGGUUCUAGAAAGUUGACGUGGAAGUGUGGACAAAGCCAUGGUGAAGUAACACAAAAGGAUGAUAUGAUGGCACCCGUAAAUUUGGGAGAAAAGACCAUUUAUUUAGUUUCAUUCUUUGAAGGCUUACAACGCAUUAUUUUAUUCACUGAAGAUCCAAAAGUAUUUAAAGUUACAUAUGAAAGCGAGAAAGCGGAGCUAGCAGAACAAGAAAUUGUGUUGGCAUUACAGGAUGUUGGAAUUUCUCUUGUUAACAAUUACACAAGGCAAGAAGUAGCCUACAUUGGCAUUACAAGUUCUGAUGUGGUUUGGGAGACCAAGCCCAAGAAGAAGUCACGAUGGAAGCCAAUGAGUAUAAAGCACACUGAGAAGUUAGAGAAAGAAUUUAAGGAAUAUACUGAGUCUUCGCCUUCAGAAGAUAAGGUUGUUGAGUUGGAUGCCAAUACUCCGGUUCGCUUCACACCAAGUGGUACUAACAUGAAAAUUCUGCAACCACAUGUAAUAGCAAUACGUAGAAAUUAUCUUCCAGCAUUAAAUGUGGAAUAUAGCACAUCUGCACAUCAGUCGUCAUUUAGAGUUCAAAUUUACAGAAUACAGAUCCAAAACCAGAUUCAUGGUGCUAUAUUUCCAUUUGUGUUUUAUCCUAUUAAACCUCCCAAAUCAGUCACCAUGGACUCAGCGCCAAAACCCUUUACAGAUGUCAGUAUUGUCAUACGAUCUGCAGGGCAUUCCCAGAUAUCACGUAUUAAGUAUUUCAAAGUGUUGAUCCAAGAAAUGGAUCUCAGGUUAGAUCUUGGAUUUGUAUAUGCUUUGGCAGAACUGAUAGCAGAAGAAGUGGCUUCUGAAAACACAGAGGUUGAACAUUUUCAUAAAGACAUAGAAGCUUUCCAAGAAGAUUAUAAAACAGCUUCAUUUGUAGAUUCUUCACAAGUCAGUCUCUAUGAAUACUUUCAUAUAUCUCCUAUCAAGUUGCAUUUAAGUGUUUCGCUGAGUUCUGGUAAAGAAACUAAAGAUUCAGAACAACAUGAAGGACUGAUGGCAGUUCAUUCUUUAAAUCUUUUGCUGAAGAGCAUUGGUGCCACUCUUACAGAUGUACAAGAUGUAGUUUUUAAGCUUGCUUUUUUUGAACUCAACUACCAGUUCCACACAACAUCCGAACUGCAGUCUGAAGUAAUAAGACACUAUUCAAAACAGGCCAUUAAACAGAUGUAUGUACUUAUUCUUGGACUUGAAGUUUUGGGAAAUCCCUUUGGCCUGAUUAGAGAAUUUUCUGAAGGUGUAGAAGCAUUUUUUUAUGAACCUUAUCAGGGAGCCAUCCAGGGUCCAGAAGAGUUUGUGGAGGGCAUGGCACUAGGACUAAAGGCACUAGUUGGUGGAGCUGUUGGUGGAUUAGCUGGUGCUGCCUCCAAAAUCACCAGUGCUAUGGCUAAAGGGGUAGCAGCUAUGACUAUGGAUGAAGAUUACCAACAGAAGAGAAGAGAAGCCAUGAAUAAGCAACCAGCUGGUCUUAGAGAAGGCAUAACUCGUGGAGGAAAAGGCUUAGUUUCUGGCUUUGUAAGUGGCAUAACAGGAAUUGUUACAAAACCAAUCAAAGGAGCUCAAAAAGAAGGGGCAUCUGGUUUCUUCAAAGGUGUUGGGAAAGGUUUGGUUGGAGCAGUAGCAAGGCCAACGGGAGGCAUCAUAGACAUGGCUAGUAGUACGUUUCAGGGAAUAAAAAGAGCCACAGAGACUUCUGAUGAAGUAGAAAGUCUGCGACCGCCUCGGUUCUUUAACGAAGAUGGAGUUAUUCGACCUUACCGGUUAAGGGAUGGUACUGGAAAUCAAAUGUUGCAGGUCAUGGAAAAUGGGAGAUUUGCAAAAUACAAAUAUUUCACACAUGUCAUGAUCAAUAAAACAGAUAUGUUCAUGAUCACCAAAAGUGGUGUGUUGUUUGUAACAAAAGGUACAUUUGGUCAGCUUACAUGUGAGUGGCAGUAUAGUUUUGAUGAGUUUACCAAAGAGCCAUUCAUCGUUCAUGGGAGAAGAUUACGCAUUGAAGCUAAGGAACGAGUGAAGUCCGUAUUCCAUGCCAAAGAAUUUGGAAAGAUAAUUAACUUCAAGACCCCAGAGGAUGCUAGGUGGAUCCUCACCAAACUAGAAGAAGCAAGAGAACCUUCCCCCAGCCUAUGAUGGAGAACACUGCCUGAAGACCCACAGCAAUAAACCAUUACAAAUUUCCAUCGUGUACCUUCCAAAACUUGUUUGGGAAGUAUAGUACAGAAGUAAUUUCAAGUACUAAAAAAAAAUCAAGUAAAACAGCAAUAUAAUUAAGAUAUUUCAAUUCUUUGGGGAUCCCUUUGUUUUUCUAACUUGAAUCAUGCGUCUGAUUAAAAUUCUAAUUGCAUUAUAAUUUUUCUUUUAUCUUAAAUAUUUGCUCCAGGUGAUUAUCUGUAGUGGUAAAGAAGUUGCAUCUGUUUAGCUUCCGGAUGGAGCUAAAUUUACUUUUCUUAGUUCAUUUUCUAAACUUCUACCAUGCUUACUUCAGACUCUCUGAAUGAGUGACAGACAAAUUAUCAAAUCAAAUAUUGCCUCAGUAGUAUCAAGUAAAGAACUUUAGUGUUGGUUUCCUUAGAAACUUGGAGUUCUUUUUACAGAUAAAUAUUUUGGUAUUAUUUUCAUUAUUUUUUUAAUAAAAGCCAGGUUUGAAUUAAAUGUAUACAUGACAAUGAAAUACAGUAUUUUUUACAUAAUACAGAUUGAAUUCUAUUCCCUCAAGUCUCAUCUGAAGAAAGGCUUGAAGAAAUGAGUAUUACCCAAAAAGGGAAAAGCCCCUCUAGAAAUUUUGAAGCCUUAGAAUAAUAUUUCCUCAAAUAAUCUCCUUAGGAUCUACUUGUUUUACCUAGGUCAUGUUUUGAUAUGUUGCUAACUUUGAAGGAAAAUUCCCAAAGCCUUAACAAAACCAACUUCUUUUCACUGGUAAUAUGAAAUAAACAAAAUUGCCAACAUCUUAGGUACAAUGAGUUAUACUUCAGUGAGUUAUACUUCAAAAACCCCUUUUACAAGUAAAUUUUUGUACCCUACAUUCUAAACCAGUAAUCUUUCCUGUUGGCAAUAGAUUGAGAAUUUUUGGUAGGCUUUCUCUAUAGUUAUUAAAGUGAGAAUCACGCUUUUGAAUGUAAAGCAUAUCAGAUCAAAAACCACGGGCUGCACGUUAGUAGCAAUGAAGUUAUAGGGUUUUUUUCUUGGUUUUUCCCAAGAUUCUUUUACCUUAAUAUAAAAGGACUUUUCCAAGUGAAAGGGCAUGAAUAUAUGAAGAGAAUGAUAGUGUCUUAGUUCUUGAAUAAUACAGUGUAUUUGAUGCAUGUUGUAUGUUCCACCAAAUUAUUAUAACCUGUCUUUGGAAUUGGAGAUUAUAUAGUCAGUGGAUGUGAAAUUUUCCUCAGGCUUUUCAAAUCCUUGCUUUUUCUAAAAGCUAAAAUAAACAGCAUGCCAGACUUUAUUUCUUUUUGACAAAAUCUUGCUGCUAAAUACCAUUGACUUUCCUCUGACUACAAAAACAUUAUUAUCAAGUUUUUUCCAAAAUGUUUUUUUCCUUUACUGAACAUAAAUUGAAAAAGAUGAUAAAUUUCAAAUCACAUGAUGAUGUGUUCUUCUAUGAUGACCUUUGUUAAAGUAACAUGUAUGUUUUCUGUUUCUGAGCUCCUCCAAUUUUGUAUACUUUAGAAUUAAACCUAAUAGUAGAUGUAGUGAGGAAAUUUUCAUCUAAUUGUCCUCAUCCACAAUGUUGCUUUACUGCAGUUUCAUCCAUGUCAUUAACCAGCUACCUCAUUACCUACUCAAUUUUCAUUUUAUUCCUAGAAAAAGAACUCAUAACUCUGUACCUUCUUCCAUCUUGUGUUCCAUGAUUAAGGAUAGAAAUUCUCCUAGUAUCCUCUGGAAGCCAGCAAGAGUGGGUCUUUUAACAAGUACACAUGCCAAGCUAGUGUGCUUUCCUUCCUGUUCUCUAUCAAUAAGAACAUAGAAAUAUCUUUUCUUUCUUGAUCACUCAUCUACCCAUCAACACCUUUUACCACUUGUUCUGUCUCUAGAGUAGAAGCUACAUAAGGAACUGCUCCACAGUCCAAGAGCAGUAGUUUAUCAAUUGUCUUAAUCUAAACAGUAUCAGUAGAUCACUGGAUAGUGUGUGAAUCUUUUUAGCAUAACAUUUUACAAUUAAGUAUUUGAGUCUAUAUUCCUCUAUUUUUCUUUAAAUGUUAGAGUCUAGAAUCUUAUAUUGAAAACAAUCAUCCUUGAAUUAUGUUAACUAUACUUAUGACUCUUAAAACUGCUUGUCUUAGUUAUUUGGUAGUUGCUAUAGAAUGAGGUCCUAAGUAUUGUGUUCUUUCUUUCUUUGCAUUAUUUGUUAUAGCCCCAGGCUUUUCAUUCUAGCAUACCUGGCAUGUGAUAACUACAUCAGAAUGUUCUCUGCCAAGUCCCCUUCAGAAAACUAUGAUCAUGAGAACUAGCUGUGAUUUCUGCUACAAAAAGAAGCUUGUGAAUGCUUCAUAUUUAUAAAAUAUGUCUGAACCAAAGAGCAUGUGCAUGUGUCUGAUGGUUUCUCUGUUAUAGUGUGUGUGUGUUGACUGUUCUGUAAUGUUAGCAAGAGCUUGGGCUAUUUCCUUCACUCAGUUUAGUGCAGCUGAGAUAUUCUCUGGUUUCUAGAUAAUCAUUACAGCAGUAGGCUAUUCUUCCCUGAGCCUCUUUCCUCCAUAAUCCAAAUCCAUUCCUAAAUUAUCCUGUGGCCUCCAAAUAUAUAAGAAAUUUUUCUUUAACUUAUAUUUGCUAUUAUAAUUAUCAUUUUUUCUCAUAGCAAUAGAAGUAAUAUCUCAUAUGCAUUUAAUUCUUCUUUUAGAAAUAUCAUGCUAUCUAUUGCUGCCCAGUAAAUUCACUCAGGGCUGCGUUUUCUGCACCUUAUUGAGUCAUCAUUAUUAUUACUCAUUAUUAUAUAAUUAUUUAGUCAGUAUAGCUGAUCUUCAGGCCAAUCAAAGGCCCCUGUAUUAAAAAGAUUGGUACAAGGUAAUGGGUUAGCAUAUCUGCAAGAGCUGAAGGAGGAUGCUAAAUGCACUGACCAUGGAAGUAGCCACUUUGGGCUGAGAGUUUCAUGUUCCAGCCAACACAAUUCAGAAAAAUCUAUUUGGGCUCUAGGGCUUUUGCUUUGUACCUUUCCCCAAGAUUAACUGAAAUCCUCAAGGACAGUGCUUUUCAAGCUGUAAGUCUUAAUCAAUUAGUAAGUCAUGAAAUCAGUUUAACAACUCAAGGCCAGCAUAUUUUAAAAGUGAACUAGUAGAGAAGAAAAUAUCAUAGGUAACAAAGUUAAAUAUUGUUUACCGAAAAUUUUCUUAAGUACUUUAUAACUCUGUGUACUGGGUCCCAAUAUAAAAGGUUAUUUCCUGUUGCAACUUGAAGUUUAAAAAAAAAAAAAAGCUUUGAAAAUCACUGCUGUAUGAGACAGGAGCCAUCCAGUGAUUGUUGGAACGUUUGGAUGGUGUGGAGCUUGACCUUGGAUAAGAUGCAGCAGACCCACAACUCAGGGAGUCUUCAGAUUGUGAGUACCAUCUUCUUCUUUUGAGUGAAAAGAUAGGAUAGCUCCAGUUUUGGUUUAUAAGAUGUUUUCCUUUCCUGGUUGCAUCUGAUAGCCUCAGAUACCUGUGUAUCAGGUUCCACUAAUACCAGAUAUCAGCAAGACUAGAAAAGCUUUAAAAAAUUAGAUCCACAAACACUACUCAAAGCAUGACAGGAUAUUAUUUAUGUAGAUGUAUUUCAAUCUUUCUCCCACUAAGCAUUUUACUAGUAUUGGGACAGAAGUUCACCUUAAGUAAGUUGAAUUUGUUCCAUCUACCUUCAGUUUGAAUCACCAUACAGGUGACAGAGGCCCUUAAAAAAUGUUGAAAUGAAUAUAGGGCAUAUUUUUGUAGGGCCAAUAUACUCAUUCUCUGGAGGUGCUAUGCAGCUGUCAAUGCACUCUAACCGAAAAUAAUUGGAUUGCUUCAUUUCUGUAGGAUUUAAGUAGAAAAUGUAGACAACAUGCAUGUAUUCUUUAUACAGGACUUAAUACAAAAUUUGUUCAGUCUGAUUUUCUUUGGUGCUACCCAGUAAUUAUUACUUAGAGCGCCUUUAACAGAUUAUGAAAGGGGACCAUUCAAAUUCCUGAUCAAUCCUUUGAAAUACACUUUUGAAAUUACUUAUUACUAAUACUAAUCUAAUCAAGGUAACAAUCCUUAAAACUUUCAUGAUUCUUAUAAUCUGUGUUUUCAAAUGUUGACCUGUACACCUAUUAGCAGAAUUUUUCUUCAUGCUUCUUUUCUUUCUGCCACAGUUAGUCUAAAUUUUAGUGUUUGUUUCAGGGCUAUCCUAAAACAGCCCAGCAUUUGGACUGAUCAAGAUACCGGAUUCUACUCUAUUACAAACAAAACUUCCUCUUUGUAUUUUUAAUUGAAACAUUUUUACUUUCUCGUUUGUAAAAUAAGUUAUUCCAUGUCAUUGUAAAGUUUUACUUUAGAAUUACAGAUUAAGUCUUUUUUAAAAGCAUUAUAACAUUUUCAAAAUAAACAGUACUUUUAUUUGUCCAGAGAGCUACCUAGGACAUGUAACUUCAAAUUUUAUAGGUUGAUAUGAAUAUAUUUUUAAGGUUUUUAUUACUUUAUACAGAUUCAAAUUGCUAUAGUUUAACAAACUGCUUUGAUAUGUAUCUAUCAAAUUGAAAAAUCCCUGUCACUGAACACAUUUCACUUCGUAUUACUGCUCUAAAACUUAGUGUGUUCCUUCUGAUCUUCUUGUAACAAGAAACCCUGUGAGAGCUUUGUAAUAAGUGUAACAAUCAAAGCGUAGUUAAAUAGAACAUGUUGGAUAUGCCCAACUUUUCUUAUUGUGUCAUCAUAAUACAAUUGGCUUCCUCAAAGCUCCCAAUUUGGGGGUAGAAAAACAUUUAAAUGAAAAUGUAAAUUACAUUGAAAUGUUCUGAGUGUUAAUAAUUUUAUAACCAUGCUCAGAAACUUACAGAAAUUGUGUCUGGGACUUGUUACAAGGUCAGAUAGAUUGUUAAACUUUUAAUGGUCAGUCUCUGUACAUGAAUAUGUGUAUUAAUUACAUGAAUUUUUCAGGGAAUGUGCACUUUAAAAAUACUCCCUUACUAAUUUUUGUAGUGACCAAAUAGUCUGCUUCUUUGUCAUACAUUUUCUUUAGUGAAAAUAUGGUCUUGAUGAUAGUUUUUAGAGUAUCUUUCUGCUUCACCACAGUAAUUCCUUCCCUUUCAUGUUUCUUAUGCCUCUUCACUGGACUCUUGACUCAAUUGCCUGUUACCCAGUCUCUGCCUUCAUUUUGUGGAUUCUGAUAGAUAAUUUAUGAAGACAAAUGUUUACAGUAAAAUGCUUCCUCUUGAAAUUGACUGUAGUCUUUUUUUUCCCCCAGAAAAUUGGUUGGCCAUUUUGAGUAAUGACUAAUUUCUUUAUAAGUAAGAAUUAUUUCUUGCUAUGGUAUAAUUAGAUUGCUUAGUAAGAUGACUGCCCCAUGUAACCAUGUAUACCUUUUCUCAAAUAAAUUGAGUCAAACAAAAUUUCUGAUCUUCACUCUGCCUCUCUUUUGUCGGACAGAACUGGAAAGAUUACCCAUAAGCCUUCCCUCAGCUAGCUCAUACCCUCUUUUGGGUCUAUAUAAGUGUGGUAUCAGGUAAGUUGGCCAAGAUCCUGAUCUUUCAGUCAAAGCAGACAAUAUCCAGCCCAAUAUAAUCACUGCUGACCAAAAGCUUUGAGUGGUAAUAUUUAGUGAAUUCUUAAGCACCAAGACUACGCCUCUCAACCUUUGGAAACUUCAGAUAGCUCACUUCCU